AUGCGAUUGCGUUUUGGCGGACGCCUACGAUGCCGUUGUGACCGCAUUGACACCAGCCAACUGGCGAAGCCAGCUGUUCUGAAUGCCUAUCAAAGUAGGCUGUCAUGCGAGUUGGAUAAACGCUCACUGGGUGCAAUUGAAGCUCACUGGUCUCAUGUUCACCAAACCUUACUAGCAGCAGGAAAAUCCUCAUGUGGUAUGUCUAAUCACCAACAUGGAUUUUGGGUCUCUUCACAGUCUCUGGAACUUGUAGAUGCUCGCCGGCAUAUUCCGGCUGGAAGCGAACACAAUGAAACUCGCAAAGAGCUCCGGGCAAAACUCCGUGCUAGCCUGAAGAGAGACCGCGAAUCCUGGUUGCUUCAUUUUGCUUCAGAGAUGGAAAUGGCCGCUGCCCUUUGUAACCAUGAUAAGUUAUUCUGUCUGAUACGGGAAACUGGCAGCAGGAGACCUGGGGUUAGUGAAAGUAUAUGUGACGUGAGUGGACAGCCUAUCUGCAACUUGUCAAAACACUUGGAGCGUUGGGCUGAGCACUUUGCAAGGCAAUUUAAUCGGUUGGAAUUGUUUGAUUUCUCGCCGGCCACUGAUCGCCCCGCUCCGUGGGCUGUCCCUUUGGAUCCACUCUCUGGCCCAGAAGCCGAACGUGAGAUUGGACUGUUGAAGUCAAAUAAAGCCGCGGGACCUGUGAUCUUCUUCCAGCCCUCUUCACGUUUGGGGGACCUGCUCUUGUGGAUGAUUUACACGAGUUACUAG